AUGACUAUGCGACGUCUUCGUAACUGGGUUUAUAUAUUGAUGGCUUACAGAUACCAAAUAAAGUAUCGACCUACAGCGAAACAUGCAAACGCAGACGCUUUGUCACGACUUCCAAUUGGGCCAGAUGUGUCUUUUGACGAACAAGAUAAUAAUUUGCAUAAAGUAAACACUUUAAUUCUGGAAGAUUUAGACACCACUCCAAUAAAUGCAAAAGUCAUUAGAAAUCUCACCAUGAAUGAUAAAUUAUUAAAUAAAGUUUAUUCGUACAUCAAGAAAGGGUGGCCAGUUAAACUGGCGAGCAACGAAAAGGAGCUGAAACCAUUUUUCGAACAUUAUGAUCGUGUCAUUAUUCCGGAAGCUCUGCAGUCCAGAGCGUUGAAAUAUAUUCAUGAAGGUCAUUGGGGCUGUUCACGGAUGAAGCAGUUAGCAAGGCGGUAUAUCUGGUUUCCAGAUAUGGACAAGCAGAUCGAAAAAUUAGUAGCUAAUUGCGUCAUAUGCCAGACAUCAGCAUCGAAUCCAAAAAAAGAUUACGUAAAUUGGCAACCAGCAGAAAAUCCUUGGGAAAGGAUUCAUUUGGAUUUUGCGGGUCAAUUCUUCAAUAAAAUGUGGCUGAUUUGCGUGGAUUCUUUUUCCAAGUUUCCAUUCGUGGUAUCACUUUCGUCGGUGACUUCUGAGUCUACAAUAAGAGCUUUACAAAUGAUUUUCGCCAUCGAAGGACUUCCAAAGACGAUAGUGACGGACAAUGUGCUAACCGGUGACGCUAAGAAAUCUAUAUCAGGGUUCACACCAUCAGAAAUGUGCUACGAAGCAGCUAUUGGUCUUCUGCAAGAACGAUAUGGAAGUCCCGAAAAACUCAUCGACAAUCAUAUACAGCAGCUAGUAAUUCUUUCAUCAGUUCGUGACCGUAACGAUACCUCUGGGUUACGAAAUAUGGAACUGUUAUCCAUUUUACUUCGAUGCUUGCCAACAGAACUUCGCAUUGAAUACCACAGACAAGAUGAGAGCUCCACAAAUACAGAAGAAGCCCUUGAAAAUAUGAGUGACAGCGCCUCUAAUCUUUCACAAAUUGGUGGUGGUGAAGUCAAAGACAUCUUACGAUUCUUAAAGCGAGAAAUUGAAUCUCUAGAGAAAAGUGGUGUUACACAUACCAGUUCAAAGAUUAAAACCGUUGCCCAAUCUACAGCUUCUAGUUUAGUGACCGUAAGUGCAACCGAAUCAGCAUGCAUUUUUUGCAAGUCUAAUAAGCAUAAAACAAAAGACUGCGAUAGCAAUAUACCGAUUGCAGACAAGAGACAAAUUUUGCGUAGCAGCAGCAGGUGUUUUCGUUGUGCUAAACUUGGACAUUCGUCUAAGAAGUGUAGAAGCGGUAAAUUUCUCUUGUGUAACAAGUGCAAAGGUAAACAUAUGUCGUCAUUGUGUGAUCCAAAUUAA